CAAAGGACCCUCUUUUACGCCAAAAUGGCAAUUAUGUAAAGUUUUCUUAAUGAUUUAUUCGCAAAUUCUUGCUAGAAUAUUAACAACUCUGCUUUUUUCUUAUUAUAGGUCUACAGCAACUCUAUUUUUUGUGACUAUAACUCUUAUGGCGUCUUUCUACUUCAUGUCUGAUAGUCUUCUCUUCUGGACCCCAUUCAAAUCGCGGAAUUUCGAAUUUUUUAUUCAAUUCUUUUUUCUCUAUCUCUUGAUCAUUUUCCUGAUUGUUGUGGAAAGUUUGCUUCUGAUACUUGGAUUCUUCUUUGUCUGUAUUAUAAAUGUCUUCUUAGACGCCGUCAGGAAGCUUGACGACGAAGCCUGCGUCAGGACAUCUGGAGGAAUUAUGAGAAAAUUCUAUUCACAACAUUUGGAAAUUCUGGAAAAACUCUGUGACUUGCAGGAAGUUUUCCGUGGAAUACAAACUUGUCAAGUUGCUUCGAAUCUUCUUAUAAUUGUUGGAACUCUCUACAUGAUGCAAAUAUAUCCUCAUGGAUUUGUCAAUCACAUCAUAUUCCUCAACAUUGUCGCUCAGUUCUUUACAAUUUGUCUCUUUGGGGAAUUUAUUCAUUCCAAAACCGAACAGAUCUUCACAGCUCUCUACUUAACAAGAUGGUACGAAAUGAAGAAGGACGAUCAGAUGAUCCUCCUUAUGAUGAUGAAGAAAACUCAGAAGCCAGUCAGCUUGAAAAUUGCUGGGAUGUAUGAAAUUAACAUGCAGACUUUUGUGAGUGUUAUGAGACUUUCCUUUUCAUUCUGUGCCCUUCUCUAUGCUUUAGACUAAAAGAUAAUUCAUGUUCACUUGAAAGAUUAUAUUAAUUAAUUAAUGAAAAACAAAUAAAGUUGAUUUUCUGAUUGUAUUAUGAGCUUCAAAAAAUGAAUAAACUCCUGAAGAAAAUUUUUAGAAUUAUUAAAAAAAAUAUUUUUUUAUUCAGUUUUCCCGGUUUUCCACCCAAUUUUCCCAUCGUGUUAAAUAAAAUGUGGAGAAAACACACACAGAAGGUAUCAGUGAGAAGUCAUUGAACGGAGCUUUCACGCAAAGCUCCCCGAUUCUAUGGUGUGCAAGGAAAAAAAAGUCAUAGAGGAAAAAUAGAGAAGAUAUUUUGGUUCUCCCCAAAAUCCGUCGAGGGAUCAUCUUCGAGCUGAAUGAAUUUUCUUUCGGUGAUUGAAAGGGAAAAGCUGGGAGAGAGUUUUCCAUUCGCCACCCCUUUCCUCCUGAGGGGAGACGAUGGAAAAAGGGAAAAUGGCAUAAAAGGAUUUUCCAUCGGUCGGGCUUGGCACACGCACGGAUUGCGUAUAAAAGGGAAAUGCGUGUAUGGGUGGGAAGGACGCCCCAACAAUGAAUGGAACUUUGUGCUUUUUCCCUCUGAUCUGUAUUUUCCACGGUUGGAUUUCCCUUUUUCCGGGAGGGCUUCCACCACCACAACCACCCUCUCCAUAAAUGUUCUUCACGAUGAAGUGAUUAAGUUUUCGUGUAUGGUUUCUGUUGGACAAAAAAAAGGCGCUACGAGACAAAAGAGCCUGAGAGGUCCUUUGCACACGCAUAUACAUAGCAGAUAUUGUUGCCAAUUUAUAUUAGGGAUCGUUUUGUAAUUCUAUUAUCGAAAUUCCUUCCGUCAUUGACGUAUACCUACACAUACUUAUGUACAUAAUUCGCAAAGUAUUGAAAGAAAAAGUGGAAAAGUUGUUGGAAAAAGAAAAGGGGUUUAAGGGGAUUUUCUCACGUCUUCUCUUAGUGGAGCACGCGCUUAAAAAAAAAGAACAUCAAAUAGCAAGAAAAGAGAUCAGAUUUGAUUACUCCCAACACUCACCUCGUAUACUGAUUUUCUCAUUCCACCCUCACACCCCUGACCUAUCCGCCCUUUGAGAUUUCUCUCACAAUUCUAUUGUGACCCAAUUUAUUUUUCACUCUAUCACAAAAACUUUCUCACACAAACUGAGAAAAAAAAAGCUCAAUGGCUUAUGGGGUUAAGGGGCAUGAAUGGGGGCAAAGGGGGUGGUUUUCAAUAAAAGGACAAUGGACGUGGAUCAAAUUUUUGGUAUUUGGCCAAGAUAAACUUCUCACAGCUUCGUGUUCUUUUGUUGUUUUGAAAAUUUAGAGUUGCCCAUUUUGCCAUCGACCUCUUUAUGGUUGAUUCUGAAGCGCCAUGAGACUGAAUUUCUCUGCAUUGAGGUCAAAGUUGAAAUUUUUCUUUAUUCAUUUUUCACAAUUCUUUAGAAAAUAAAUUUUAACUCUAACGAGAAAAUAAUUUGUAAUAAAAUUCAAACCUAGAUCUUUAACGUUAAAAUUCUAACAAAGAUUUUUAACGUUAAAAUUCAAACCUAGAUCUUAGAUGUUAGAAUUCAUACCUAAAACAGAUUCUAAAUUUUAGAACCAAUCCUAAAAUUAAUCAGCCAAGCCCUAUUCCCCAGCAUAAUCAUCAAAAUUCUCAAAAUUCAAAAAAUAACCACCUUCGUAAACAAAAAGAUUUUUCUCAUUCCCAGAAACCUUCUGAAAAUCCAAAUUUGUAAUCCGUCAGAAUCCUUGGCGCGUUCCAACUGAUUGCUACACAUUGUUACGGAAUUUCUUUUGAGAAAAUCAUUUUCAUUGUGAACCUUCUUCGAAUUUUUCUCACCCAAAUACCAUGCGGUAUUAGUCAGUUAUAUAUUUCGCGUGAAAAUGAAUUAGUGCGACAAGUUUUACAGCUUCUCCGUGCAGAGACAACAAAAAAAAAUAUUGUCACACCAUUCGCGUGCUUGAACGCUAGCCAACAAGUGAUUCUUUCCAACCAUAUUAUUGCUUUUGCACAUUUUUUACUUUUUAUUAAUAAUUAGUGGGUUGAGGCCAGACGCUGCGAGAUCAUUUGUCACAAUGUCUCCGUGUUCUGGCCUUUACAGAAAAAUGAAAAAUCGUUGGCAUACCUCGACUUUUUAAGGCAUUUUAUGGAGCAUCAAAAGAAAUUUAUUGAAAAACAGCUGUCUUUGCGAUUUAUUUUAGCAAUCUCUCAGAUUUUUUGUUGAUUGCUCAAUUAUUCUUUACGCCUUUCUCAUGCUUUAGGUUCAAAAUUCUUAUUUAUUUUCGGUAUUUGAAGUGGUUUUUAACGCAAUGUGGGGGCGCCAUUUUGUGCUACAAAAACGAAAAAAAAAACAAAAGAACGUUCUGACAGUAACUCACCCAUGACGCAAACCACUCACGUGCCACGGAUUAGAAACUUUUGAAAAAAAAAGAACUUUCACAGUGACAAUUUGAAAAUUUCCCCUAAAUUACAUUUUCAAAGUAAAUUAGAGAUUUUCCAGGUGAGAAAAAAAAAUUCCUAACAAGUGCGUCAGAAAAGUUUUCUUACUCCUGAAAAUCUCUUUUUUGGAACACAUUCACAGAACCCCUCCGAAAACUUUCUCUAACUGUUGGAAAAUGUCUCGUGUGUUUGCUGGAAAAUCACAUAAAUAAUUUUGCACAAUUUUCCAACAAACACAUCAGUUGGAAAAGUUUCCCGCCAGAUUUCAAGACAUAUCAUCCCAAUGAAAUAAUCUUUUGUCCCCCAAAGCGCCCUGAGAAUCUUCACUAUACUCGGGGUACAAGAAGUUUAAAUUGAAUAACGAACGGACAGAGAUGGAACUAUGACUAUCUAAUGCAAUUUACUCGAGAUAUCCUCUUCGUAUCAAUUUUCCCUCCAUCCUUAUCUCAACCACAGCGCCCCCCGCAUGCAUUUCGCAAGACUUUACCAAAGUGGUUGGUGUUGAAGAAGUUUACCAACACCCUCAUCCCUCAAGUUGUUUGGCAAUAAAUGUCAGGAGAGAAGAAAAAACAGAAAUUGAGGGUAAACUUUAAAGAGAAGAAAAGAAAAGCUUUAUGCUUGCUUCUGACAGAGAUCAUGAAGGGUUUAAGCUCUCUCUCUGGAUUUAAAAAGAAAUUUUAUUGAGGUGGUAAAGUCACAGAGAUAGGGGAGACACAAAGGUGUGGGCAUGACGACCAAAAAGGGGGGCACACACUCUUUUGUCAUCAAAACUAUGAGACUAAUUUGAAAUGGUGCCAAACGUCAUUAGCUCUCUUUCAAAUUUUAUAAAUAUCCCCCACACUACGGGCUUUCUUUCGCCACCCACUCUGCGUGACUCGUGCCCAUUUAAGUGGCAUCGUGUGACCACCGAAAUAGAGUUAUUGGUGGUAUGGAUAAGUUGGACAUUUAGGUCUCUCCUCAUACGGACCCAUUCAAUCAUUUAAUUUCAUUUUAUUUGCAAUGAAUUUUAACGUUUUCUGCAUUCCCAAUAUAUUGAGAGAAAUACCAACGCCAUCUAUGGCACAAAGCAAACAAUUGAAACUUUCUCCUAACUAUUUAUGCCAAAGACAAUGAUAUUUUUUAAUUUCUCGUGCUAAAUUCGUGCCCGCGUGCCGCCAUUAAAAGAAUUUAUAAAGAAAAAUGUUUAACUUACAAAUUCACCCUCCCGCUUAAUUUCAAUUUCACGAUCAGUUUCAAUGGGAACAACCAUGGAGAUCGAUUGGAAGAUUGUAAUUCUCACGAUUGGUGGAAUUUGUAUUUUAUUCAGAGGUGUGAAUGUCAGGAAUAUUUUUUUUUCUAUACUAAAAUUAGUAUUAAUUUAAUAAUUUCUUUAAUUAGUAUUAAUUAUUGAAAUAUUUUUCAAUAUUUUGCUUUUCAGAAAUGAAGCAUUUAAAGCUCUUCAUUUCGAUAAGUUUUCUUUUGUGAAAAUUGCCAAAGAAUGAAUGACAAAAAUUAAAUAAAAUGUUUUUGUAUUUUUUAAGGUUUUUAUUUACGAUAAUCGUAAGUAUAUUAUGACUUCAAAAACUGCAAUCUCAACUUUACGAAUUUUAAAAACUCCUUCAGAAUUCUGUUCAAUAUUAAAUAAAUAAAUGAGAAUGCAUUGAAAUUGUAAAAAAAAGCUUUUUAAUUUUCAAAAAUAACUAAAUUUUCCACUGAAAGCUCUCAUCGUUAAACUAUCACGUGAAUGGUGGAAUUUUCCUCUAUCUUUCUCUCCGUAUGUCCCCAGAGGGCAAAAAUAGUAUAUAUCAGUGAGGAAUCAUGGCAAAUUAGUAAUUGAGGAAAGAUACUUAUUUACCAUGAAGACACAUCGUCACAUUGAUUACCUAUCAAUUGCAUAAUUGAUGGUUCCGAACUGAGUGAUCCCCUUGGGGCGUCAAUCUUUGUGGGAUCAAGCGCUGAAAAGCUGUGCUUGCUGGGGGGAGCUUAAGAAAAUCGACUCGCCUCACCUAAUCGCUCACAGUAAUUAAUUGGUGUGUGUACACAGCGUAAAAGUGAAUAAAUUAGCGUGUCUCGAAAUUACAAA